AUGACGCGUGACAAAUCCGAUUCGACGUCUGUCGAGCCCAGUUUGGCACCCGUCACAGUUGCUGUAGCUAGCUUCGCGAACAUGUUCUGUAUUGGCACAGUCUACGCUCUGAGCACGCUUCAAGCACAGCUAUCUCGUCUGUUUGGAAUAUCCAAUGUAUGGAGUCUGGCACCAUUUGGCGCCACAUGUCUCGGCCUUUCUAUCGGCGUCCUGACCAGCGCCUCGAUGAUCAUUCAAAGCGGAGCUCACGCUACAGCCGCCAGAGGCACGACCCUCUGGGGAGUUACAGUCAUUGGUGCGGGCAUCUCCUUCAGCAGCUUGAAACUCGGACUCAUGAUUAUCUGCUUCUUGUUCGGUGGGGUGGGCAUUGGAUGGACAUACCUAGCUGUGGUUGCAUUGAUUACCCAGGGGCUUCCGAAGCAUGCACUUGCUCGGAGUGCCAUCGGACCCCUGGGGUUUUCAACCGCUGCAGCCAUGUUUUUCUUCUUAUCAUCUGUUUUUGGAGUGGACGCAGCCGAUGCGGAAACCUUAGGUCGGAUGCUUGUGCUUCUAGGAGUGACGUUCGCUGCUGUUGGGGCAUCAACCCAGCUGUCAUUAUCUAUUUUCUACAAGGACUCCGCGAUGGGUUCCCCUCAAAAUUCCCUUACAGAAGAUUCCGGGCCUUUCUUCUCGACCCUGCUCUUCUUUAACGCAUUGCCUGGAAUGACGCUUUUCUCCGGCUUGCUGCCCCUUGCCUCCCACUACACUAGCGAUACUGACAAUAAAAUGUGGAUCAUUUCAUGUUGUAUGAUUGCACUCGCAUUUGGUGGGGUUCUCGCUCCCAGCAUCUGCGCAUAUUUUGGAGCCAGACUUACAUUUGUCGGUAUACUUUUCUUGCGUGGGGUACUUCUUAUCUUGCUGUCGCAAUUUGAACGUUCUACACAAGCAAUCUAUACCAUGCUGGCAAUUCUUUUCGCCCACGGCACUGGGUUUAGUAUUCUUCCAGUGUUGAUCAAAACACAAAACAGAAAUCAGCAGCUGUUCUAUUUCAAGUAUGGCAGAGUGUUGGUUUCAUGGGGCAUUGCAGGAAUUGUCGGCACUGUCGUGAACUCGAUCCUUCUAUCUCAAGCUAGUUCGAUAUCGACAGGGGUGAUGCUUGUUGGCUUGUUAACACUAUUGUCCGGCAUUAUCAUGUACUUUGUGCCGGCUCUUGGAGGCAAACUUUUUGCUUGA